CUUUUCCCUACUCCGAGCUACUGUCAGGUCAUUGCCAUUCCCUUUCAGCCACACAAGACGAUUCUCUACUGUGUACAAGGAGUAAAGGAUCCCUAGCUGCCCAACACGGUUCACUUCUCUUCAAUUUACCAACCUGCUUUUUUCCAAUCUGCGUCUUUUUCCCACCCUCCGGUUCUGUUGUCGAUCUCCAUUGACAACCCCGCGCACCCUCACUCGUUUCACCUUGCAAGAAAGCCGCUGCAGCCUCGCUUCCCACGCUUUAAAAAUGUCUGAAAUCACGCAUCCUACCAUCAAAGAUGGCUGGUUCAGGGAAAUCUCCGACAUGUGGCCUGGCCAGGCAAUGAUCCUCAAGGUCAAUCAAGUCCUCCACCACGAAAAGUCCAAAUAUCAGGAUGUCCUGGUCUUCGAGAGUAGCGACCACGGCACAGUCCUCGUCCUUGACAAUGUCAUCCAAUGUACCGAACGAGACGAGUUUUCCUACCAAGAGAUGAUCACACAUUUGGCUAUGAACUCGCACCCCAACCCCAAGUCCGUCCUGGUCAUUGGUGGUGGUGACGGCGGUGUCCUGCGUGAGGUCGUCAAGCAUGAAUCAGUGGAGAAGGCCAUCCUCUGUGACAUUGACGAGGCUGUCCCUCGUGUCAGCAAGAAAUACCUGCCGGGCAUGUCCAUCGGCUUCCAACAUCCGGCUGUCGAAGUGCACAUUGGAGAUGGCUUCAAAUUCCUGGCUGACCGCAAGAACGAAUUCGAUGUCAUCAUCACCGACAGCAGUGAUCCAGAGGGUCCAGCAGAGUCGUUGUUCCAAAAGCCAUACUUUGAGCUUCUCUACGGAGCCUUGAAGGAUGGUGGUGUUAUUACUACCCAAGCUGAAAACCAAUGGCUCCAUCUACCCCUCAUUACCAAGCUCAAGAAAGAAUGCAAGGAAGUCUUCCCAGUGGUUGAAUAUGCCUACACUACCAUUCCCACAUAUCCUUCUGGUCAGAUCGGUUUCAUGGUUUGCUGCAAAGAUCCCAACCGAGACGUCAAGAACCCCUUGCGAGUCUGGAGCCCAGAGGAGGAGGACAAAUUGUGCAGAUACUACAACAAAGAGAUCCACAAGGCCAGCUUCAUUCUGCCAACAUUUGCACGCAAGGCCUUGAGAUAGGUGGCAUGUGGUGGGAUGUCUUUUUGAUAUUACGUCUUCAAGCAUGAUACCAGGUUAACUGUUUACUUGUGUUAUUCCAGCCGGAGCAUUGAGGACGAUGCAAUGCAUGAUAUCUCGCCUUGUAAGUUACCGGUACGAACGAGGCUGCAAGCCGCUCUAUGAUUAGAAGCCGGGACCGGAAAGGGAUAGAUAAUGAGAUCAGGUACCUGUACCACGAAUAAUCAAUGAUACGGAGCCGAUGAGAGUAGUUGCAACGAUCCUCACGCGAUCAGAUUCCGUCAUUGGCUGGUACGUGUCGGAAGAUGGCUGCAUGCUCGUUGAGAUACAGAAUUCCAACAUGACUUCAUCGUGGAGCCUUGUGCAUGAUGUCAUGUUCAAACAUCAUCAUUGAAUACUUCUUGUGACCAC